AUGCUUCGCGUCUUUGGUAGAGUUGUACCUAGACUAGCUCCUUCUCGAUGUCUCAGUUCCGAAAAGCCGAAAGUGCCGAAGCAGAAGAUAAGCAAGGAAGAGAUAAUGAAGAAGAAGACCCCUGCCGGAAAACUGGAUGAAAUGAAGCCUUACGAGGAUCCUUAUCUCAAAAAACAUCCGGGAGGAGUGAAUCCGAUUACUGGAGAGGUAUGA